CGCCCCGCCCCGCCCCCGCCCCGGGCCCUCCGGAGCGAGUGCAGCGAGGAGCCGGCGGGCGAGCGGGCGUCCUUGCAGCCGGCGAGCAGGAGGAGGAGCCGCCGCCGCGCCAGGGGCAGCCCGAGAGCCGAGGAGGGCGCCCCAGCCAGGUCUGCGGGGAGGACGCUGGGCGCCUGGACUCCUGCACCUGAAGGAGGUCGCUGGGGGUCUGACCUGAGGGAGGAGGCGGCUGGGAACCAGCGCUCCUGAUCUGCAGGAGGAGGCAGCCGUGGACCUACACUCCCGGUCCUAGUUGGGUCAACGUGCGCCCCACACCCCUUCACACCCCGCUCCAUUUCCCCAUCUCCGAGCCAGGGCAGGCAGCCACUCCAGGUGGUUGCCCCCGCCCUCUCCUGAGAUGUCAGGAAGGAGGGGGCCACCUGUGUCCCCCACAGGGGCUCCCCCGAGCCUGGGGGCCCCCGGCCCUGGAGCUCGGAGGUGGAGGAGGUGCUGACAGGUCUGGUAACCACCUGCUGCUUCCCAGUCCUCUCCAUGCCACCCUUUCCCAGAACCACAGGCUUCCAGAAUGCAGAGAAAUUGCAAUGUCCACGCUCCCACCAGCAUCUCCCAGCUCCAGGCCUAUUUCACAGACAGGGAAACUGUGGCCCACCUCAGAGAGGAAAUGUCUUGCCUUCUCAGUGGCAGUUUUGAGCUGAACUUGGAUCUCACUAGGAUUCCAGAACAUGGCCUUUUGCAGACUUUUGGAACCACAGACCUCCUCCAGGCCGCAGACUUAGGGUUCCUUGAGGAUGCAGGGGCAGGAUGGCAGAGUGGAGUUGCUCAGACAGUAUUUAAGUCCCACCUCUGCCGUUUGCUGACUGGGUGCCCUGAUGCAAGUCACUAACCUCUCUGAGCCUGUAUUUCCCCAUUUGUUGGCUAUCAUUAGUAAUAGUAGAAUAAUUAUGAUUCAUCUAGGAGUUAGCAUUAUCCCAGUCCUAGAAUAUAGAGUGUCACAAGGUUCUAGUACACAGGCGUCCUGAUGGUUCUGGCAUGCAGGCUCCCCUGGAGUUCCUCCCAACUUCUGCCCCCACCACACUCUGAUUUAACCCUCAUCUCUAACCCCAGCUUCCCUCUAUUCUCAGGUGCUCAGCGAGAUGCUCUCCCACCUUUCAUGCUCCCUCCCCAUCCUCCUUUUCCUCCUCCCCAGCAUCCCAAUGGAAGCCCAUCCCCAGCCAUCACCACUGCCCCCAUUUCUAGCCCCAGAGUGGGACCUCCUGUCCCCCCGAGUAGCCCUGUCCAGGGGCACCCCAGCAGGACCUCCUCUGCUCUUCCUGCUGGAGGCUGGGGCUUUUGGGGAGCAAGUGGGCAGCCCUGCCAACCGCAGUCGGCGAGGAGUAAGCGAGACAGCACCAGCAAGUCGUCGGGGAGAGCUGGCUGUGUGCGAUGCAGUCAGCGGCUGGGUGACAGACCGCCGGACGGCUGUGGACCUGCGUGGGCGCGAGGUGGAGGUGCUGGGCGAGGUGCCUGCAGCUGGUGGCAGUCCCCUCCGCCAGUACUUCUUUGAGACCCGCUGCAAGGCUGACAGUACUGGGGAAGGUGGCCCCGGUGGGAGUGGAGGGGGCUGCCGGGGUGUGGACCGGAGGCACUGGGUAUCUGAGUGUAAGGCCAAGCAGUCCUAUGUGAGGGCGUUGACCACUGAUGCCCAAGGCCGUGUGGGCUGGCGAUGGAUUCGGAUCGACACUGCCUGCGUCUGCACACUCCUCAGCCGGACUGGCAGGGCCUGAGGCCCAUGCCUGGGAACUGGGUGGGCAGAGGAAGAAGAGCUGGAUGCUGAGAGACCUCAGGGUGGCCUGGCUGCUCUGAGCCCCAGUUUGGAAACUUUUCAAAUGGUUUUAGAAUCCCAGCUCUCUUGAUGUUGAGAGCUCAGUUCAUGCCAGACAGGUGGUAUCUCUUCAGAACCCAAAUGGAGUUUUGAAGGAUGAAUAGGCAUUCUCCUGGAUCAAGCUGAUGGUGUUGAUGAUUAUGAUAAUAGCCAAUAUUUUCUGAGUGCCUACUGUUUAUUAGCCUAAUACACUUGUCAGAUCAACUCAGGUGGAUCUGACCAUCAGAGGCCCUCGGCUUCUAAGUUGCUGACCACUUGAUCUCAGAGGAUGUCAUCUUGCCCACUCUGGAGAGAGUGCUAAGGAAGGGAUGUGUCAAGAAGUGGGUGUGGGGGCAUAAAAACUGGACCAUGUAAGCAAUGAUCUGGGAGCUGGGGUUUGAAUGAGAAAUCUCACUUGGUUAGAUUGAGCAAGUGUUGGCUCAGACUGUUUUGUUUUGAGGUAGAGAGCUACCUGGCAUCGUAGGAGCACAAGCAGUUGAAUGAUAUGUGGUCAGGAUGCUGGAGUUUGGCUCUGGUGGGGAGUUGGAGUCAGGUUCCUAUGGCCUUCCUUGUCCAACCUUUAUUACACAUUGGGAAAGAAAUAGUCCUUAAAAUUGUUUAACUUGAGUAGAGCAUGAGGUUCUGGCCAAUGGGCUUGCCUCUUGGCUAGGAUCUGGGGUCAUGUGGACACUGAAAGGCCUUGAGUGGAUUAGGAAAAUCCAACAGGAGGAGGGACCCCAGAAGCCUAAAUGAGGGGGUCAAUGAGACGAGCUAAUGAGCAGCUGGGGAAGGAGGCAGAGGCCUUACAAAAACAUCUUUAGAGUGAGGAUAUGACAAGAGAAGUCACGGGUAUACCCCAAACCCUCAGGACACCUUCAUCUGUCACCACUCAGUAUGCCUGUUGCCAACACAUACAUGCAGGCUCUUGUGUGCACACAUCCUUUUAGGACCAAAUUUGGGUUAAGGAUAUAGAUGUCCUUCAUCCACCACCAACACAGACUGGGCCCCUGGAAAGGACAGGGGUGGCAGGCUGGGCAGGGGCUGGCGGCCUCUGUUCCUACAUCGCUGUGUCAUGGGUUUGCGGUUCCCUUUUUUGUCACCUCCCACCCAGUCUCUUGCUGUCUCUUAUGUUUCUAGCUCACUGCCUCUUACCCAUUCUUGAGUGUCUUUCUUUAUCAUCAAAGCUCUUUCCACAUCCCCUCCCCUCUCUUUUUUGCUAAGUAUUUCCCUGUGUAUUUUUCUGUGGGUCUCUCCCUCUUCACCAACCCCAUACCCAGGUGGAAGUUUUCAACCAAAUCAAAGGCAGGCAGGACAGACAAAGCCGAAGCUGAAGCCGAGGCUGACUCCG